AUGUUUACAUUACUUGACUCAAAACUAGGUCAAAACGUUGUUUGGGCAGUUGGACUUGUUAGUGAUUAUUCAUUAGCACUCAAUGAAUCUGAAAUCACCACAACCAGUUCUGAUAUUAUUCAAUGGCUUGAAAAUCAUGAAAAUAGUUCAGUUUUAUACAUUUCAUUUGGGUCUCAAGAUACAAUUUCUAAAUCACAAAUAAUGGAAUUAGCAACAAUUGGAUUAGAAAAGAGUGACAAGAAUUUCAUCUGGGUUAUUAGACCACCCUUAGGUUUUGAUAUAAAUGUAGAAUUUAGAUCAGAAUGGUUACCCGGAGGAUUCGAAGAAAGGAUGAAGGAGAAAAACAAAGGAUUACUAGUGAGAAAGUGCGCACCUCAGUUGGAGAUUCUAUCACACAAAUCUACAUCAGUGUUUCUUAGUCAUUGCAGAUGGAACUCCGUUUUAGAAAGUCUGUAUUUUGGGGUUCCAAUAAUCGGAUGGUCACUUUCAGCUGAUCAACCUAGUAAUUCAAGGUUGUUGGAAGAAGAAAUUGGGGUUUGUGUUGAAUUGGCAAAAGGGAACAGAAAUGAAGUCAAACAUGAAGAUGUGGUGAGACUACUAGAUUUAGUUAUGAAUAAGAAAGACCUUGAGAUGAGAAAGAAAGCUUUUAAAAUUAGGGAGAUGAUUAAGAAUGCCAUCAGAGAAGAUGAAGGUCUGGAAGGUUCUUCUGUGAAGGGUAUCAAGAAGUUUUUCGAAGCAGCAUUGUUAAGAAAGAAAGAGAUGAUGAAGAUGGGUCGCCAUGGCAAC